AUGAUUGCACCGCCAUGGGCUGCCCUGAUGGCGGCAGCACUCAUACUUAGACUGCCGGACAACUUCUGGCAGCGAUGCGGUGGAGGCGACACAGACAGGCUGCUCUACGCUGCCCUACCUCUCAUGCUGCUAAGGGACGCGUACGGCUGCUUUUUCCUGAACCUCACGCGCCGACCGGCACGAUCCAUACGCAAGCCGCUCGGCUACGACGCCGCGGUACUGCGACGGCCGCGCUGGUGUCCGAUCCCGCUAUUGCUGCGGCUCUGCGCUCAUAAUACGCAGCGGCUCGCGUUCGCGGUAGCUUUAAUUGGAGCGGCGGCGGUCUGCGUCGUCGACGGCGGCGCCCUACGCGUCGUCGUCGCGCUGGCCUACGCGAUUGUGGAGCUCCGCUUCCAUGCGGCGCUGGGCUGGCACCGCGACGUCCUGCUGCUCAACACGCUAUUCGCGUCGGCAUUACCGGAACCCUGCCGCGCGACGGGACGGGCGCUUGCCCUGUGCCACGCAUACGGCGGUUCGGGCCUGCGGCGGCUCUGGACCGGCGGGGCCUUCGACGGCGACUCACUCAAAGAGGUGCUCCGCGGGGCGCGCAACGGCGUCGUUCCAAAGCUGACGGCCUCCGCGGCGAAGGCUCCCCGACGGUUUCUCGCGAUAGCCGACGCGGGCGCGCGGAUAGGCCUCGAGCUCGUCGGCGUUGGCCUGUUGCUCGCGUACCUCGACGACGCCAGAGUCCGUCUCACGUUCCGCGCGUGCGCGAUCGCGUUCCAUUUUGGAGUCGCCUUAUUGACGGCGAUCGAUUUUUUCGAGAAUCGCGUCGUCCUGUUCGUGGGAUUGAUCGUUGACGACCUGGCUGUAUCAGUAUCUUCGGGUACCUGUUCGCCGUGGCCGAGCCGCCUCUUCGCCUUUGCGCUGCUCUUUCCCGUGCUCGCGGGCGUCGAGCACUUCCCAUUCACGCACAACGGCCUGUUUCCCUUCUCCGGACGACAGAUGCGCGCCGUCCGCGAGGUCUGCGACCGCCAGGGCACGCUCCUUGCGACGACGACGCGAUCCGUCGCCCUGCCCGUGGACCUCGCGCGGACGUUCCUCGGGCUCGGGGACGCACAGCCCGCGCAGCUCUGGCACCCGGUCCUCGCGCCGCUCGUGCUCGCCGCGGCGAGCGCGCGGGGCGAGGCCGACACCCUGAGGCUGCGGCGCGGCGCGGAGGCGUGGCUCAAAACAAAACCGCUAGUGGACGCGCGGACCGGACGCGCGUACGACCGCGUCACCUACGAGUACAAGAACCGCGCGGGCCGGGGCUACAACUGA